UGCGGCGAGGCUGGCGGCUCGAACUACAACUCCCAGCGCGGCCGGGCAGGACGGAGCUCCGCCGCGCCCCCUCUUCCUCCUCCCGCCGCCUCCUCGGGCGAGCGGCGGUGCCCGGCGGCUGGAGGGGCCGCAGACUGGAGCCCCAUGCUGAGAACAACCAUCUUCUCCUGCCAAACCACAUUUAAAGUUGCCAGCUGCCAUACAGAGAGAGAGUUUUCUUCAAAUCAUCAAGAAAACUCCUAAACAGAACUGGGAAUACCAUAUCUUUUUGGUGUUUCAAACCUACUGUUUCUGGGCUCACUGUGGGGUCGAAUAAGUACCAGAGCUUGCAAAAGGGAAGAGGAAGAAUUAUUCCCAGCAUUGUGACUUUUCCAUCAUGUCAGAACCCAUCACGCUCAAUGUUGGAGGAAAACUCUAUACCACCUCUCUGUCCACUCUGACUAGCUUUCCAGACUCCAUGCUGGGGGCCAUGUUUAGUGGGAAGAUCCCAACCAAGAAGGACAGACAAGGCAACUGCUUUAUCGACAGAGAUGGCAAAAUCUUCCGCUAUAUCCUGAACUUCUUACGAACUUCUCACUUGGACCUCCCUGAAGACUUUCAGGAAAUGGGCUUACUUCGUCGAGAGGUAGAUUUUUAUCAAAUUCAGCCACUUAUUGAGGCCUUGCAGGAGAAGGAGGUGGAGCUUUCUAAAGCAGAGAAAAAUGCCAUGCUCAACAUUAGCCUUGAUCAGAAGACCCAGACUGUUCACUUCACUGUCCGAGAAGCACCCCAGAUCUACAGCCUGUCUUCUUCCAACAUGGAAGUGUUCAGUGCUCACAUCUUCUCCACAUCAUGUCUGUUCCUGAAGCUUCUUGGUUCCAAACUCUAUUAUUGCUUCAACGGAAACCUCUCUUCAAUAUCCAGCUACCUGCAGGACCCCAACCACUUGACCUUGGAUUGGGUUGCAAGUGUGGAAGGCCUUCCCGAAGAGGAGUACACCAGGCAGAACUUAAAAAGACUCUGGGUGGUGCCAGAUAAUAAGCAAAUCAAUAGUUUCCAGGUGUUUGUGGAAGAAGUGCUAAAAAUAGCCAUGAGUGAUGGUUUCUGCAUAGAUUCUUCUCAUCCACAUACUUCAGAUUUCAUGAAUAAUAAGAUUAUUCGCCUAAUUCGAUACAAGUAGGAAUGGCUUUUAUUACGGUGCUAACAUGGAGAUAACACAGGUGAAGUGUUUCCCUUUGAAACACACUUACAGCCUAAUUCAGAAUCAUGCUUAUCUGAAUUAAGAGUCACUAACAGGGAGAUGAUUUUCCUUUAAUGUAUUUACCAAUAUGACCUUUCAGAAUAUGUCCAUAUUCUAGAUGGAAGGAAUAUUGUCUACCGCUUGAAUUAAGGAUUGGUUCUGUCUCUGCCUCCACCUCUGACCUGCUGUACAACUGUGAGGAAGAUCACUUAACUUCUGUCCUUCUUACGUUUCCCAGUUGGAAAAUGGGCAUGAUCCUUAACCUAUACCACAAGGGUGAUGUGAGGGUUCGGUAAUCAAGGUCUGGAAGGCUUUCUGGAGAUCAGAUGCAGUGAAAAAUGCCAUGGAGCUGCGGCGCAGCAGACAGCACAAGGAGCAUGUUUUUAAUGUCUUGCCAUGUCACCUGUGCAGAGCUUCCAAGAAGUUUGGUUGGAUCCACAGAGGAGCCUCCCCACAUGCAGACACUCAAUAUAACUGUAAGGGAUGGUGCAAACUGCAAAUCAGGAAGGGAUCCUGUCGGUUUGGGUUCAACAAAGGAUUUCUGUUACCAGCUGAAGCUAUCGGGGGGUGUUCUGAACCCUAUGAAGAAACCCCUGCUCUGUUCUGCUUUUAGGAAAGCCAUGUUUGAAUGAUGUGACUGGCACAGGGAACAAGCAAGGAAGCCAUAGCCUACGGUGUCCUUACAAAAUGAGAAGAUUGUGGCUGGCAGGGAAACUUUGCUUGGGAUGCUCUUAAACCUUUACAGGUUGCCUCCAAGACAACCAGUGCUUUUCUUUCUCUUACUUACACUGUUGUAUUUGUUUGGAUUACACUACUGAAAACACUUUCUGAGGUGGACAUGCUAAGGGGGCAGAGGUCCCCAAAUAUCUACGAAGCAUUUGAGCCUCUUCUGCCUGGACAUGGCCUUCUUUUGGGCGUGUCUCCCUUCCUUCCAUGGCAUGCUCUCUGGGUAGGAUGAAUUUCAUCUGAAAAGACAACAUUCCCAUCAGAUAUUCCUAUCAGGCUAUGCCUAGUAUUUUUCAUUACAAAACCAGACACUCACUUUUCCUGUCCUGGUGCACUGGGCUAUAGUUUUUAUAUUACUGCGAAAUGGUCAGAUCACUAAAUUAGCAUUUUACCCGCUUGCUUGGCUUUAGUGUCAGAUUGUGGGAAGUAAGGCCCCGGGAAACCAGAGGUGAACAACAAUGGUCAAGCUCAUUCCUUGACAAGUCUGGUCUGUGCUACAAUUAAGAUCAUAAUCCACUAGCUGCAUAUUAGGUCUACACAUCAUUUGUGCUGCAUUCAAGGUAGUUAAUUCUCAGCUAAUUAUGUUUAAAAGUAUCUUAGCUGUCUUUCCCUAACUGGAUUCUACGCGUGCAUGAGAGACCCUCUGGAACAUUCCCUAUUAUAUCUGAUGAGUUAGAAGGGAAAAUGCAAUAACCGAGUUUGGCAUUUAGAAUUUUACUGCUUCCACAGGGCUGCAAAGCUCAGUAUUGCUCAUGUUCUUGUUUCCCAAACUACCUAGUGUGUUGUUAACAUUAAGCUGACCUGUGAAGAAGCAUAAAGAAGCAUUUCAUAACUGUUUUAAAAUACAGUCAGAUAAAUAUAUUUCUACUGUCCCAAGCUGUAAUUGCAUGAACACCACCAAUCAGCAUGCUGAUGGUAAGAGUGCACAUUCUGCAGCUAUUGGCAGCCUGUUACAAACCACUUCCCCUGUCUGACUGGGUGCUAAACCAGAAUGAUAUACAUGGGACCAUGUUGUUAGGAAGCAGUGACUGGGCUUGAAGCCCUUAGAGCCAUUAAACCCGGCAAGUUUUGUGAAUUUUAAGGAUUGUAAACAUGAUUUUGUGGCUAAAUUCCAAUGUGAGUCACUAUGUUCUUCUAGUUUUGGGUGCAUAAGGAAGAACUAUUUUUUUCCUCAUCCCUGUCCUGAAUUAUAUAUAAAGCAGGAGUAAUCUGUUCCAGGCGCUGCUGCGUGAUGCUGACAACGCAAAGCAAUUCCUGUGCGAAUCUUAUUUCUGACAUGAGUUUGCCACUCAGACAUUCACAGUGAUGAUUAUGCAGUUAAUAUAAAUAUUAUCUGUAAAAUACUACACAUGAACCCUCUUUCAUAAAAUCUACGCCUUGAAAUAGAUAUGCCUUUGCUCAAUUUAUGCUGACAGAGCUUUUGGGGGCUGUUGGCAGUGUUUCUUUUUAGCCUACCCCCUUGAGAGUAGAUUUUAAAUGAUAAGCAAAAAAUUCUUGUAUGUCAGGACUGAAAUAAUAUUUAUCUGUAGUAAUUUGUAUCGUAUCAGCUUCUGUUUAUCCAAGGGAUAAGAGCAGUGGGCUUAAAUCUCAUUUGGAAGGAGGAGGAAGUCUGAUCCUUUUGAGCUCUGGAUCGGUACUGCUUCAUUCUGUUUUAGCAAAAUAAAAAUAUUCCCUGGGAGGGCUGAAUCAUUGCUGCAUUUUCUGGUGAGAGGCAAGUAAGAGCAGUCUAUAAAAGCACUAUGAAUAGUUUAAUCUAAUGCGUUUGUUCAUCCCCUUUAUUUCCCACUACCUUUUCUUUUUUUCAAACUCUUAAAAGCACUCACAAUAAAAGCAGUUAUACAGUUUCUUAGAAGUCUAAACAAGAAAUGAAGCAUGCCCCAGCCUGACCUAGACAGUGACUGGGUUAAUUCUGCUGACGUGGAAAUACGGGUUUCAGUCCCCACAGACCGAGGGGAGAACGGAACCCAGGUCUUCUCCUGGACUGCUUUAAGCUAUCUGGGAUGCAAAAUAUGGAUGACUGGAAUACACAUUUAUCUGUGCUCAGGUAACUAAAUUAGGAAAAGGUACAGCUGGCCACAAAUCUUUGUCAUGUAUUAAUACACAGAGAUGUGAAAUUUCCAUAAAGUCUAAAGACACGCAUGAAGACAGGCAUUGGGGGCAAUAGAGAAAAUUGAGACACUUCUAAAUUGCUAACCAGAGUAAACAUCUUUAAGCAUGAGAUACUAUUUAUAAUGCCACAGUAGUUGUGCGUGCUAACAGAGUAUGUGAAAUAAGCAAUAAGUGAAUCACUUGCAAUUGCAGUCAAACAUAUGUUAUACAAAUGCAGUUGCUAUUUCAGACUACAUGCUAAGCUAAAGUUAUAGCUGCUCCUUCAUUUUGCAGUCUGUGAGUUACAUUAUAAUGACUGUUGGUAGGAGUGUUUUAUCUCCAUAACAUUUGUUCACUUUUUAUCUAGAUAGAUGGCUUUUGUUUACCGUCUUUGUCUGAGCCCUAGAUGUGUAACUUGCUUUUUCAUACCAGUCAACAGCACUGGUGAUUCUUCUUCUCAAGAGUUUUCCUGAAUUAAGAAAAAAAAAAUGCACAAAACCAUGUGAAGAACAUACAAAGUACAUAUUAAGUACCGCACAACUCCAUUGUGAGUCAUGAAAUGCACUAAGCAUUUAUGAGCAGUAACAUCUGAUCACAUUUCACUGUUGAGUGGAAUAUUCACUCUGGGAACAAACUUUUUUUUUCCUCUAAGGGCCUGAACAAGGAAAGGAUCUAGUGAGGUUUUUGCCCUUGAAGUUUGAAGAUUGCUUUUGUCCACAUGUCGGUGCGUAAUGCCCAUUCUGAUUCUGCCAUAUGCCUGUCCCUCAAAAUCCACAAAAUAAGGCUAAGUCCUGCACUUUUUUUUAGAUGGCUGAAAUGCUGAGAAAGCCACUGAAUAGAGUGAUCAAUAGUGUUGCAGCAGAAAAAUACCAGAGUUAGGGCAGGUGAUAAAGUUAUUAGAUGUAGUCUAAUGGCAUUUUCAGAUACGGGCACGUGCAUAGCAUAGUGGGAUUUCUUGUAUGACAAAAAGAUUAUGAAGAAGCAUCUUAAUGGAAUCCUGAAAGAAUGACUUAUGGAUUUCUCUAUUUGUUUUCAGGCGUGAUAUCUCUUAAAUAUCUAACUAUGUCUAGUUAGAAUGAAGGGACUGAAACCAUACAUAAAUUCUAAGACUUAUUUAGUUCAUGUAGCUGUUGUUCAAGGUAAUCAGAAGUCAAUGAGAGGAGUAUUUGUUGCUGCAGGUUAUGGUAGGGAAAUAAAAGAAAUAGGUGUAGAAAGUUAGACCUGGAAGAAGUCACACGUUAAGGAGAAACCCAAGAUUUAGAAGGGAGAGAAUAAAGAAUCUUGAUGUGUUCAGAGGAAAACCCAACAAGAUCAUGGAGACAAAGAUUUUGCUUAGAUGAGUUAGAAUUGAAAUGACUCCUGGUGCUUUCCAGUUUUAAUCUCCUAUUAUGGAACUUAAAUAUUGGUCGUGCCAGGUGUUAUGCUAGUAACUUGUCAGGAGUAGAGAGCUUUGCUUCAGUUUGCAUGUGCUUUAAAUUACAAAACAUAUGCCCCACUGUAGUUACCCAUAUUUUUAACUGGGUUGCUGAAUAUAAAUUGCUGCGUGAGUUCAGUGGCAGUAAAAACCUGCAAUCGAUCAGAUUGAUUUCCACUCUAGGAAAGGUCUAUAUACAAGGCUGACUGGAGUGAUAAGUGUUGUCUUCAGCCCAUGCCACAGACUGUGGAAAAAAAAUCUAGAAUCUUCUGAUACUUCACAGAUAAAUGGAGAAGUUAUGAAGAAGAUCCUUUGGGCAGUUUAAUUUUCAGUCCACCCUUUGAAUUUAGUGUCACUGCUUAGAAUUUUAAUACGUUUUGAAAUAUUUAACUGACAUUCUGCAAUGACUCCCUCAUCCACACUCUGCUGGACACAAAUGUGCAGGGUACAAUGGUGGCCCUCCCAGUAAAAAUCUUGUAUGUAAGUUAGAACAGGCAGUCACCUAGAUAUUCUGUGCAAGAAGGGCUGGAUCAAGCAUAAAUAUGCAGAUCAUGCUGUCAGAUUCACUUGAAAAUAAUAUAAAGGGUAGUAUCGCCAUGAAUUCAGAAAAAAAAAAAGGAGCUAUAGGGGAGGGCUGUAUGGACUAAUUCCUUUUCUCUUCCUCCUCUUGCCAUUUCCCCCUCUCUUACUGUCUUGCUUCUACUCCUAACUGUAGGAUUUUCCCAUUGAUUAAAAUUCAGUCCUCAACUCACUAGAAGCCACACUUUUGAAUGAAUACUAGUUUGAACGUGUCAAAAGAUGGUUUCUGUUUCUUACCACUUUCAUGGACAGCCUGUAAGGCAAUCACAUUCAAAUACUGGUUGCAUUUCUCUGCCCAUAACUCUCUCAUGAACUGUGAUUAAUAUGUAUUAUAGGAAACAGUAAAUAAAAUGUGAAUAAAGCAGGAGAUGCUCUGUCUGACAUACAUUUCUUGACGGAAG